AAAAAGAAAUAACUUCAUUUCCAACAAUAACUACAUAUCCUAAUCCUUUCAACAUAGUGACCUCAUUUUCCCCGAUCUAUCAAGAACUGCACUAAUGGUGUAAACAUCCUGUCGCCAUUUUUACACAGCUUUUCCGGUUCCCCCAUAUCUAUAUUAUACUCCUAUAUCAUUUGAUCUCUACCUCUGUAUCUAUCUGAUAUGGCGAAUAUGGUUCCGGCGAGGUUCAAGAGGGUGGCAGAAGCCUUCGACGAGGCGGCUCUCACAAUAAAGUCACGGCCUCCAUGCGGCAGCAGCGGCAGCGAGCACUCCGCCGCCGCCGAAAGCUUGACGGAUGUUGAUUUCUCCGGCCUCGUGAAUUCGUUCAUGUGGGAGGGGCGCGUUGAGUGGGGCGGUGAAGGCGGCCGGGACGACGAGGGUCAGCCGGAAGACGAGAAUUACUGCGAUGACGUCGUGGAAGCUAAGGAUGCUUUGGAGAGGCUGUUAAGGUACGAGGAUGGAGAGAUUGGCGUCGGCCAGAGGAGGUUGUUUGAGGAAGUGGAAAUGGCCCGCCGGCAGGAAUCCGGGGAUCUUUCUGCGCCGGAUUUUAAACGACGGUUGAUUGCCCGGUUGCGCGUUCAGGGCUGGGAUGCUGGUCUGUGCAAAACAAGGUGGGAGAAGAAGGAGGGCUGCCCUAACAAGGGAGAUUACGAAUACAUAGACGUAAACAUGAACGGAGAACGUCACAUUAUAGAAGUAGACCUGAGAAGGCAGCUGGAAAUCGUGAGGCCGACAGCGGGAUACAGUUCGUUGCUGGAAGUGUUCCCCAAUGUGUACGCGGGGAAGACGGAUGAGCUGAAGAAGAUUGUAAGGAUAAUGAGCAAUGAGAUAAAGAGAUCAAUGAGGAAAAUGGGGAUUCAUGUUCCUCCAUGGAGAAGGCAUUCAUACAUGCAAGCCAAGUGGUUCAGUUCUUAUAAGCGUACAACCAAUUGGAUCUCAGCAGUUGAUCACAUAAAGGAUUCUUCUUCUACUUCUUCAAGAAGGGUUGGAUUCUCCCCAAGGCCAGAAAUUUCAUUCAAGUGCAGAGAGGUUUUUGGGAUGAGGCAUUAUGGUUUCAGAGUUGGGAAUUUGGCUGCUGCUUUGAGUGGGGGCUAAGUUACUAAGUUAGCUACAUGCUUUUACUUAAUGAUGGGAAAUUGUGAAUAUAUAUUAAGUAGGUUUUGUUUCUCUUAAAGUUUAUUGUGUGUUUAAUAUUCAAUUUAGCUAGUGAGGGGAAUAAUUAAGUUUUGUUGCUUAUAUGAGGAUGGAUUAUCCUUGGAUUGUAAUCUCUCUUUAACGUGUACAUUAUAUAGUAGACAUUGAAAUCAGCCCAGCUUCCUUUAACUUCUCUUCUAAGAUAAGGC